AAGAGUGAGACAUUUUUCAUCAUCUGUGAUAUAUUUCCCUGAUCUCUCUUCCCAUCCCGUGUUCUCUCUUCCAAACUACCACAUGGAACCCUCUUGCACACCCCAACAAGUUUUUUUUUUCUUUUUCUACGUUAGUAUUGUUUGAAAUCGAUGAGAUCUUUUGUGCUAAGUCAAGCAAAAUAUCCCCCAAAAAUCUACGUUUAUCUUAAUCAAAGUCAGUCAUUCAAUCGUUUAUCAAAUACAGUCAAUUCCAAUGAAGACCCAACAGGUAUCGGUUGACUUCUUCACAAGCUUCCAGUAUUUCUUCCGUAUAGGAAAAGGGCACUGUUCCAAGCCAUUGUCAUAACCUGCGAUUGAAAUUACUCAUUUCAAUUCAUCCACUUCCUUCUCUAUUCCUACAAUGGCAGCAGCAUGCGUUGGUGGUGCACUUCUUUCUGCUUUCCUGCAGGUUGCAUUUGACAGGCUAGCUUCUCCUAAGGUUCUACACUUCUUUCGUCGAAGGAAGCUCGAUGAAGCACUGCUCAGUAAAUUGAACAUCAAAAUGUUGUCCAUCAAUUCUCUUGCUGAUGAUGCAGAACAAAUGCAGUUCCGAGAUACACGGGUCAAGGCAUGGCUUUUUGCUGUCAAAGAUGCUGUGCUUGACGCAGAGGACCUCUUGGAUGAAAUAGACUAUGAACUCACCAAAUGUGAAGUGGAAGCUCAGUCUGAAUCUCAAAGCCUUAGUAACAAGGUAUCAAGUUUCUUCCAUUCUACUUUCAGUUCAUUUAACAGGAAAAUUGACUCAGGCUUGAAACAAGUCCUCGAGAAGCUAGAAUAUCUCGCGAGCCAAAAGGAUUAUCUUGGUUUGAAAGAGGCUACUUAUUCUGGUCUUCGACCAGGCAGUGUAGUGCAACAAAAAUUGGCAUCAACUUCCUUGGUGGCUGAAAAUGUUAUUUAUGGAAGAGAUUAUGACAAAGAAACUAUCUUUAAUUGGAUCACAUAUGAAACUGACAAUCGUAACCAGUUAUCAAUACUUUCUAUUGUGGGCAUGGGUGGAGUGGGUAAGACCACACUUGCCCAACAUGUGUACAAUGACCCAAGGAUGGAGGAGGCUGAUUUUAGCAUCAAAGCUUGGGUUUGCGUUUCAGAUGAUUUUGAUGUUAUGGUGGUGACAAGUACAAUUCUUGAGGCAAUCACUAAAUCCAAAGAUGAUAGUAGAAACCUAGAAAUGGCUCAUGGAAGACUGAAAGAAAAACUGUCGGGGAAAAAGUUCUUUCUCGUUUUGGAUGAUGUGUGGAAUGAAAGACGAGAGAAAUGGGAAGCUGUGCAAACUCCUCUUAAUUUUGGAGCAUCCGGAAGUAAAAUUCUUGUAACAACACGUAGUGAGAAAGUUGCUUCUACAAUGCGGUCAAGUAAAGUGCAUCGCCUAAUGCACUUACAAGAAGAUCAUUGCUGGGAUGUUUUUGCAAAACAUGCACUCCAAGAUGAUCAUCCUCAAUUGAAUGCCGAGCUGAAGGAUAUUGGCAUAAAGAUAGUUAAAAAGUGUAAAGGAUUACCUCUAGCCCUGAAAGCAAUUGGAAGUCUUCUGCACACAAAGUCAUUGUUUUCGGAAUGGCAAUGUGUAUUGGUAAGCAAGAUAUGGGACACGCCAAUAGAAGAGAAUGAAAUUAUGCCUGCUCUUUUACUGAGCUAUCAUCACCUUCCUUCGCAUCUCAAGAGAUGUUUUGCUUAUUUUGCUUUGUUUCCCAAAGAUUACAAGUUUGACAAGCAGAGUAUAAUUCUGUUAUGGAUAGCUGAAAAUUUUCUAGAAUGCCCCCAACAUAAUAAGAGUCCAGAAGAAAUUGGUGAAUUGUACUUUGAUGAUCUUUUAUCAAGGUCUUUCUUUCAACAGUCAAGUGGAUUGGAAUCAUGUUUUGUCAUGCAUGACCUUCUCAAC